UGCUCCGUGGUGAUGGGACAUCCCUGCAGCCUCGACAGCCAGGGAUGGGCUGACUGCAAUGGGAAGAGCCUUCUGCAUGCUCCGAGUUCCCUUCCAGGAAAUAUCACUGGUUUGGACCUCUCCUUCAACUUGUUGGUCUUGCCCCAUCACGGGACCCUCUUGAUGCAUUUCCCUUCUCUGCGCUCCCUCAACCUCUCCAGCAAUGCUCUGCUGACACUGAGCCCAGCAGUCUUCUCCAACCUCGGGGCACUGCGCCUGCUGGACCUGAGCAGCUGCAGCAUCACCUACCUCCACACUGAUGCUUUCAAGGGCUUGGGAAACUUGCGCACACUGCUCCUAAGAAAUAACAAUCUGCAAGAGCUUGAGGCCUCUUUCUUCCUGCCGCUGAAGGCUCUUUUCCACCUGGACCUGCAGCACAAUGCACUGGUCUCUGUGGAUACUUUGAGCCUGCAGGUGAUGGAGGCUGUCCCACAGGUCUGGCUGGAAGGGAACCCCUGGGUCUGCAACUGCAUCGUGCACCCUCUGCAGCAGUGGCUACAGCGCAGGCAAGCUGUGCAGGUGACCUGCGCAUCUCCCCCAGGGCUGCAGGGCCAGGCGAUCGCAGCUCUGGAUUCCCAGGACCUGGCCUGCCAGAUGAAGCAGCGGUUUCCUCGGGAGGUGAGCACAGUGCAGCAGAUCACAGUGGCCCAGAGCAACACAACCACACUGCCCUCUGGGAAGGGGGGAAGGAGCUGGCCGUACCUGGUGGGCAUCGUGGUGGCAGCAAUUGGCAUCUCCAUCCUGAUCGCAUUGGCUGCCAAGUGCAAGCUCUUCCACAAGCACUUCGCCAGCUACCGCCACCGGCCCCUGCCCGACACCGGCUCGAUUGGAGGCUGCCCCAUGGAGGAGGGCAGUGGUGAGAGCCACCCCAUGCCUGGUGCUGCUGACCUGCAAGCUGAGGAUGACGACGGCUUCAUCGAGGACAACUACAUCCAGCUAAGUGAGCCGCUGCCGGAGGAAAGGGAGCAGGAGUUGCAUCUCUCCAUCUGA